AUGUGCCGGCCCCGCCCUGCGGCCCCGCCCCUCCUUGGCCCCGCCCCCGCACCGCCGUCCCGCGGCCACGCGGGGGCGCCGCGCUCGCACCGCGCUCCGUGUCCGCCAGAGGGCGCCGUGCGGGUGCCGGGCCCUCCCGACGGCUCCGCGCCCGCCCCGGGAACCGCCGCGAUCCCGCACCCGGCAGCGCCCGCCCGCGGCCGGCCCGGGCCCGGCACCGAUCCCGGCCCCGAUGGCGCCUCCAUCCGCCCGACGGGCGAGAGGCGGCACCGCCCGGGACUCCCGGCAGACCCCGGCGGCGCUCGGCCCCGGUCGCGGCCCCGCCGCAGCGCUCCGUGGCCCCGCUGUCCCUCACACCUGUGCCGGGCCCCCGCCUGUCCCGGGGCCCUCGCUCGGGACCCCGCUCGGCCUCUGCGAGCCCCGGCCCGGGGGCUGCUCCCGGCGGGCACCGCUCGGAGCCCGCAGCGUCGCGGCCGGGCCGCGACCGUGGCCGGGGGUGCGGGGGCCGAGCCCCGCCUGGGUCUGCCGGGGGGUCCCGGGCGGUGCCGCCGCUCCCCCGUCGGGCGGAUCGCCGUGUGGGCCCGGGCCUCCGCCGGGGAUCCGGGCACGGUCCCGCUCCGCAUGCGGGGAGCCGGGGCCGUGCCGGGGCCCGGCAGGACGGCGGCAGCGGUGUUUCCCGGGUGCCCGCGAUGUUCCGGGAGCCAGAGCGGCCGCUGUCUGUCCCUCCACGUGCCCGCCCUCGGUGGCCCCACGAGCACACCUGGCCUAGGAGGUGGCCCUGACCGCGCCGUGGGUCCCCGCUCUGCCUUCAGCGUUUCCUGCCCUUCGUGCCUUCGGAACUUAGGGAGUUUCGAACAGCGACUUUUUCCCUGCCACCAAUAA